AUGUCCAGCACAACUCCCAGAUUUAUGGACCGAGCUCAAGCAAUCUCGAACAAUUUCCAAACCGCCAACGCCGAGCUGGAAGACAGCCCGCGCAAAAGGAUGUAUCAACUCGCAAUGGCGUACCUUUUCCAAGUUGCCAAGUCUGUCGAGAGGAUUGAGGAUCGUAACCGCCGCGCCGCCUCGGGAAGGGGCGUCCGGGCGGGGGUCGGCUUUCUCCGUUUCAACUAUAAUAUUCUAGAUAGGUUAAAGGACCACGUCAUUAUCGAUCUGCAAAGAGAAGAGAUGGAAGGUGGGUGGGAGUUUGUUGCCCUUGAGCAGGAGAUGGCGCCGGAGGUGCAGCGACUUCUCCGCGAGGCUUCAGAGGGCACGGAUAUGGGCAGUUCCGAGCCUUCUGGGCAAACAGAACGAAGCUUUGUAUUGAGAUUUCGACAUGGCUGA